AGCUGACCUAAUGAUGUGGCUGGCUUUGCAUAUGGAAGCAUCUCCCUUGUGCAAGGAACCGAAAGAAAAGGACGAGCUUACAUUUUGUAAAGCAGGCAUCGCUAUCCUGAACACGGAGAGAAAUCUGAUCCUUGCUAUUGACUGCUCCAGAGGUGGGCUUCAUGCCGUGCAACAAGCGCUUAUAUCCUUUCCCAGGCAAGUGCAGGGAUGCACAGUCUACCUAUCCAGAUAUCCCUGUACCCACUGUGCGACACUACUCAUUCAAGGUGGUGUUCAGCAAGUUUGUUAUUGGCCUAACCUGGAACUGGAAAAGAAAGAUUACAUGGCUAACAUCACUCGUGUUACUCAACUGUUUGUUGAGGCAGAAGUCAUUAUUGAUAUGUACAUUCCAUUACUGAAUUUAGAAAAAGUUAAGAAGAUAAUAUCACCAAAAACAGCUGUGACUACGGCACAAAUCAAAAAAAACUGCAGCUCAUUUUUUGACUUAACAAAUAUAUUGGAUAUCCUGGAAGCUCUGGGUUCAUCGCAUAUGAAAGAAAUAGAUUUCAAGGCCAAAUUAAAGUACGAGAUAGAAAAUGCACACACAUGCUAUUGUGAACUACUGAACAGUCCUGAUGGCAGCUUUGAAUACCAAAGAUCAGCUGAAGGUCACAAUGACAAUGUGAAUGGGAAACAGCCCAAUGAUGCUUUGGAGAAUGAUGAGAUGGAUAUUCAUGCCUUGCAGCUGUGCUUCCUUCUAGCUGCAAGAACUGAUAGUCCAGAUCGCGGAGUUGGAGCGAUAAUCUGCCAGGACGAAUGCUUUGUGGCAACGGGCUACAACGGUUUUCCACGAGGUUGUUACCAUGGUUGCUACCUUUCAAGUCGCGACCAAAGUGAGACUAAGAACCCCAACCUGCUCAUCUGUGCAGAGGCUAACGCUCUUUAUUUCAGGCAUAAACAGGACCUGAAAGAUGCAACAUUGUACACCAGCUCAUAUCCCUGCCCUGAGUGCUUGGAUUUAAUCAAAGAAACCAAAGGUAUCACAAGGAUUGUUUGUGUGAAACCCGAAGGUGAAUUUUCCGCCACACCCAUGGAGGGAAUAACAUGUAAAAUGUGGAAACAAAACACAGACAUAAAAGAUGAGGGAGAAUGUGAGUGAAGCAACAGAUGGUGGUCAGCGUGGAUUUUACUGUGGC